UGUGAUGCUGGCCUUAACUCCGCUGCACUCCGUUUGAAUGGAUGAUCCUCACCACCAUCAUCGCAAACUGCAUCGUCCUGGCUCUGGAGCAGCACCUUCCUGAUGGAGACAAGACGCCUCUGUCUGAACGACUGGAGGAGACGGAGCCCUACUUCAUAGCCAUCUUCUGUUUUGAGUCUGGGAUCAAGAUCCUGGCUCUGGGUUUUGCGUUACAUAAGGGCUCGUACCUGAGGAACGGCUGGAACGUCAUGGACUUUGUGGUCGUGCUCACUGGUAUUUUGUCAUCAGUGGGGUCUCAGCUUGAUCUGAGGACGCUACGAGCUGUCAGAGUGCUGCGGCCGCUCAAACUGGUGUCUGGAAUUCCCAGCCUGCAGGUGGUGCUCAAGUCCAUCAUGAAGGCUAUGAUCCCCCUGCUGCAGAUCGGCCUGCUGCUGUUCGUGGCCAUCCUCAUGUUCGCCAUCAUCGGCCUGGAGUUCUACAUGGGAAAGUUCCACACCACCUGCUACAGUGAAGUCACAGGAGAACCAGAUGAUGUUCCAUGUGGCACCGAGCUGCCGUCGCGAUUGUGUUCCAACGGCACGGUGUGCAGAAAAGGCUGGCUCGGACCCAACUACGGCAUCACCCAGUUCGACAACAUCCUGUUCGCCGUGCUCACCGUCUUCCAGUGCAUCACCAUGGAGGGAUGGACGGAAAUGCUCUACCACAGCAACGACGUGGAGGGCAGCGCCUGGAACUGGAUGUACUACAUCCCCCUCAUCAUCAUCGGCUCCUUCUUCAUGCUCAACCUGGUGCUGGGUGUGCUCUCAGGUGAGUUUGCCAAAGAGAGAGAGCGAGUGGAGAACAGGAGCGAGUUCCUGAAGCUGAGGCGGCAGCAGCAGAUUGAGAGAGAGCUCAACGGAUACCUGGAGUGGAUCUGCAAAGCGGAGGAGGUGAUUCUGGCUGAGGAGGACGCCACAGGGAACUUUGAUGGUACGAGGCGAAGGCCAACCAUCAAAACCAAAAACAACAAGACAGAGCUGCUGAACCCUGAGGAAGGAGAGGACAACAUGGGAGACGCAGUAGGUUUUGCACGCUCCAGUAUUAAGAGUGGGAAGGAUGGCUCCAAUUACAGUAAGAAAGAGCGACGGAUGCGAUUCUUCAUCCGCAAGAUCGUGAAGACGCAGGCCUUCUAUUGGACGGUGCUCUGCCUGGUGGGCCUCAACACCAUCUGUGUGGCUGCGGUGCAUUACAACCAGCCUGUGCUGCUCUCUGACUUCCUCUUCUAUACAGAGUUUAUUUUCCUCGGUUUGUUCAUGUCGGAGAUGCUGAUCAAGAUGUAUGGUCUGGGCAUCCAGCCCUACUUCCACUCCUCAUUCAACUGCUUUGACUGUGUGGUAAUCGUGGGCAGUAUCUUCGAGGUUGUGUGGGCCAUCAUUAAACCGGGCACGUCCUUCGGUAUCAGCGUGCUACGAGCUCUGCGGCUGCUCCGCAUCUUCAAAGUCACCAAGUACUGGGCUCCUCUUCGAAACCUGGUGGUGUCUCUGCUGAACUCCAUGAAGUCCAUUGUCAGUUUGCUGUUCCUCCUCUUCCUCUUCAUCGUGGUUUUUGCCUUGCUGGGGAUGCAGCUUUUUGGAGGACAAUUCAACUUUGAAAGCGGAACCCCGCCCACGAACUUUGAUACUUUUGCAGCGGCAAUCAUGACAGUGUUCCAGAUCCUGACAGGAGAGGACUGGAACGUGGUGAUGUACUAUGGCAUCGAGUCCCAGGGAGGAGUGAAUGACAAAGGGAUGGUCUUCUCCAUCUUCUUUAUUGUCCUCACACUCUUUGGAAACUACACUCUGCUGAAUGUCUUCUUGGCCAUCGCUGUGGACAAUCUGGCCAACGCCCAGGAGCUUACCAAGGAUGAGGAGGAACAAGAGGAGGCAGCCAAUCAGAAGACAGCACUACAGAAGGCGAAGGAGGUGGCCGAGGUCAGCCCGCUGUCUGCUGCUAACCUCUCUAUUGCUGCCAAGGAGCAGCAGAAGAACCACACCAAGGGCAACAAGUCGGUGUGGGAGCAGAGAACGAGUGAGAUUCGCAGACAGAACCUGAUGACGAGUCGCGAGGCGCUCUACAAUGAGCUGGAGCAGGACGACUGGAAGGUGGGAGGGGAGGGAGAGGAGGUGUCCUACCCACGAAAAGCACGUGGUGACAUGAAAACCCACUUGGAUCGCCCCCUGGUGGUGAACCCACAGGACAACCGCAACAAUAACACCAAUAAGACCCAGCCUGGUGAGCUGCCUCUGGACCAGGAGUACCAGCGUCAAGACAUGGACCACUGCCGUCGCGCCGCCCACUACUAUCACUACCACCACCGCCACCAUCAGAAGGCCGCCGGGCCAAACAGCAGAGAGACGGGCCAGCUGACGGAGACCCGCAUGGAGCACGGCUUCAGCUGCACGUCUCUGGGCAACGCUGAGGGGAGCGUGGAGGGCCAUCAGGGGGAGGAGAGGCACGGCCACCGGAGCCAUCGAGGCCAUCGGCACAGGAACAGGGAAGGCAGAGAGGCUCGCAGCGUCUCUCCCCACCACAGCGAGGGGGUAGAGGGGAGCAACGAGCACAGGAGGUCCAGACAGCAUCGCAGGGCAGCCAGGGAGGGGGAGGAGGGCAGACGGCACCGAUCCAGGGGGACAGAGGGCGAGGGGGACCGAGGCGAGGAAGGGGAGGGAAGAAAGACGAGACGGCAUCGCCAUGGCAACCAGGAAAGAAGCAGAGGCCAUCGCACGAGAAAGGAGCACCACAGCACCGGCCCCAACCUCUCCACCACGCGACCCAUACAGCAGUACAACGAGGACCUGGACAACUUCCGCAACAACAGCAAGCUGGCCAACGCCCACGAGCAUCCUUAUGCUCUCCCACCAGACCACCCCGACCAUCCCGACCACGUCAACAACCUGCUGAACUGCCGUGAUGCCGACACCCACACCCUGCUUCACAGCAUGGACAGCCUCAUCCUGACUAGCAUGGCCAAACCCGAGUACACAACCAUAGACAUGCCCCCUGUCUACCCCUACCCCUCAACCAAUGCCAUCUUACAAGUGAACAAGAACGCCAACACCGACCAGAAGAAGAGCGAGGAGAAGAAGGAGGAGGAGGACGAGGGUGGAGAUGAAGAUGAUGCCAAACCAAUGCCUCCUUAUAGUUCCUGCUUUAUAAUGUCUACCACCAACCCGUUUCGGAAAUGCUGUCACUACAUCCUGACUCUGAAGUAUUUUGAGUUCAGCAUCCUGUCUGUCAUCGCUAUGAGCAGCAUCGCCCUCGCUGCAGAGGACCCUGUCUGGCCCGAAUCACCACAAAACAAUGUGCUGCGUUAUUUUGACUACGUUUUCACAGGCGUCUUCACAUUUGAAAUGUUGAUCAAGAUGGUGGUGCUGGGCUUGUUUCUCCAUCAGGGCUCCUACUUUCGCGAUUUGUGGAACAUUCUGGACUUUAUAGUGGUUAGUGGUGCUCUGGUGGCCUUCGCCUUCACGGGGAGCAGCAAAGGCAAAGACAUCAGUACAAUCAAAUCGCUGCGUGUGCUGAGGGUGCUGCGUCCUCUUAAGACCAUCAAACGUCUGCCCAAGUUAAAGGCUGUCUUUGACUGCGUGGUCAACUCACUGAAGAAUGUGCUGAACAUCCUGAUCGUCUACAUGCUCUUCAUGUUCAUCUUCGCCGUGGUGGCUGUGCAGCUUUUUAAGGGUCGCUUCUUCUUCUGCUCGGAUGAAUCCAAAGAGUUUGAGCGUGACUGCAGGGGCGAGUUCUUGGUAUAUGACAGAGAAAAAGUUCAAGCUCAGAAGCGGGAGUGGAAGAAGUACGAUUUCCACUACGACAAUGUGGCUUGGGCCUUGCUCACCCUCUUCACUGUAUCCACUGGAGAGGGGUGGCCGGAUGUGUUAAAACACUCAGUGGACUCCACCUAUGAGAAUCAGGGCCCGAGCCCAGGAUACAGGAUGGAAAUGUCCAUCUUUUACGUGGUGUACUUCGUUGUCUUCCCCUUCUUCUUCGUAAACAUCUUCGUGGCUCUCAUCAUCAUCACCUUCCAGGAACAGGGGGAUAAGAUGAUGGAGGAUUACAGCUUAGAAAAGAAUGAGAGAGCCUGUAUAGAUUUUGCCAUCAAUGCCAGACCUCUGACUCGCCACAUGCCGAAGAAUAAGCUGAGCUUCCAGUAUCGCAUGUGGCAGUUUGUGGUGUCUCAGCCCUUCGAGUACAGCAUCAUGGCUCUGAUCGCGCUCAACACCAUCGUCCUCAUGAUGAAGUUUGACGGUGCAUCAGACACCUACAACGACGUCCUUAAAAACCUCAACAUCGUGUUUACCACCUUCUUCUUCAUGGAAUCAAUCCUCAAGAUCAUCGCUUUUGGCCCUCUGAAUUACUUCAGAGAUGCCUGGAACAUUUUUGACUUUGUCUCGGUCCUUGGAAGCAUCACUGACAUAUUAGUAACAGAACUCGGGAAUAAUUUCAUAAAUUUGAGCUUCCUGAGGCUGUUCAGAGCAGCUCGCCUUAUCAAGCUGCUGAGACAGGGAGAGACCAUCCGCAUCCUUUUGUGGACGUUUGUUCAGUCCUUCAAGGCUCUGCCAUAUGUGUGUCUGCUCAUCGCCAUGCUCUUCUUCAUCUACGCCAUCAUUGGCAUGCAGUUGUUUGGUAAUCUGGCACUGGAUGAGGAGGGAGAAAGUGCCAUCAACGAUCACAACAACUUCAGAACUUUCAUUAUGGCCCUGAUGCUGCUCUUCAGGAGCGCUACUGGCGAGGCGUGGCAUGAGAUCAUGUUGGCUUGCCUAGGCGGUAAAGAAUGCGACCCGGCCUCAGGGAACACAGAACUCGAGUGUGGCAGCACCUUCGCCUACACCUACUUUGUCUCUUUCAUCUUUCUGUGUUCUUUUCUGAUGCUGAAUCUGUUUGUGGCUGUCAUCAUGGACAACUUCGAGUACCUGACCAGAGACUCUUCUAUCCUGGGGCCGCAUCACCUGGACGAGUAUGUAAGGAUUUGGGCCGAGUACGACCCUGCUGCCUGCGGCCGGAUCAGUUACACAGACAUGUAUCAGAUGCUAAGACACAUGUGUCCGCCGCUAGGCCUCGGGAAGAGGUGUCCCGCCCGGGUCGCCUAUAAGAGACUGCUGCGCAUGGAUCUGCCGGUUGCCGAUGACAACACAGUGCAUUUUAACUCAACCCUCAUGGCGCUAAUCAGGACAGCUCUGGACAUAAAGAUCGCCAAGGGUGGUGCAGACAAGCACCAGAUGGAUGCGGAGCUGAGAAAGGAGAUGAUGGCUAUUUGGCCCAACUUAUCGCAGAAGACGCUGGACUUGCUGGUUACGCCGCACAAGGCAGCCACAGACUUGACGGUGGGCAAAAUCUACGCCGCCAUGAUGAUCAUGGAAUACUACCGGCAGAGCAAGACGAAAAAGCUGCAGGCCCUGCGAGAGGAACAGAACCGAACGCCAUUAAUGUUUCAGCGCAUGGAGCCGCCCUCUGAGGGAGGGGGCCCGGAUGGCCAGGGGGGUCCGGGCCAGAACGGCCUCCCCAGCACCCAGCCGGACAGCGUCAACAGCAUACCUCCUGAGGGUGGCAUGACUGAGAGCCAGUCGUGGAUGACAACCAAGGCCCAGGAAAUGUUCCAAAAGACGGGUAACUGGAGCCCUGACAGACCCUACCCCGACGACCCCCACGACAACCGCCACAACCCCCAGACGGUAGAGAUGAGGGAGAUGGGGCGGGACGGGUACUCCGACACUGAGCCCUAUCACCCAAUGGAUGGGCAUGGGCGGACCCUCUCCAUGCCCCGCCUCUCGGCAGACAACCAAAGAGCUCACGCUGUUUCGCGGAGGAGACACAGGCCUCGUGGAAAUAACCUCAGUACCAUCACUGACACCAGUCCGAUGCAUCGCUCCACCUCCAGCCUGGUCCACGGGCGCUCGGGCCGGGGCGUGAGGCUGGACGACUACUCUCUGGAGAGGGUGGUGUCUGAGGAGGGGAGACAUGGAGGAGGAGGACGGAGGCACCGGGAGAGAAGCCACCGCACCUCACAGCGCUCCCUGACCAGAUACACCGACGCAGACACAGGUCUGGGCACAGACCUCAGCACCACCACACAGUCAGGUGACCUGCCACCCAAGGAGCAUGAGCGGGACCGCGGGCGAACCAAGGACCGCCGUCACCACCAUCAUCAUCAUCACCACCACAGCUCUAUGGACAAGGAGCGCUAUGGCCCCGACCGCCAUGACUACCCCCACAGGCAUCCUCAUGACCACCACUGGUCCCGCUCGCCCAGUGAGGGGCCUGAUGGGCGAGGUCCCAGACAGGGCAGUAGUUCGGUGAGCGGCAGCCCGGUCCCCUCCACCUCGGGGACCAGCACUCCACGGAGAGGCCGUCGCCAGCUGCCCCAGACCCCUGCUGUCCCACGUCCACAUGUCACCUACUCCCCUGCCGUCCGCAAGCCCAGCUGGCCCCCGGGGCCGGGUCGCCUGCGUUCGCCCUCCCCUCGACACUUCUCCCCACCAGACCACGACAGAGGCUACCACCACCGACCACCGUCACGCCACGCCUCUCCCCACCACGGGGGGUCCUCAUCCCGACACGGUUCACCGCGCUCCCCUCGGCAUCAGUCUCCGCGCUCACCCCUCCACGGCUCGCCUCGGUCCCCUCACCGAAGCCGCUGGAGUGGGCCUCCGCCUGGGGACAGCCUGGAGGGUGACGGGCCCUUCUACGAGAGAGAUUAUGAGUACGAGCGACACCACGAGCCUCCUGCCUACGAGCAGAGCCUGUCCCAUGGAAACCCACACCCACAUGGAGGGAAUCCUCACCCACACCCACGCUCCCCUAGGACUGCCCGCCACGGGCCCCCUCCGCCCCCUCACCCGCACCCCCGUAGGGUACCCAAUGGCUACCGCUCAUCCUCGCCUUCCCCACAUCGUCGGGGACCACCAGGGGCGCCACCCCACCCACACCACCGACCCCCCAUGCCAGAGGGCCCCGCAAGGGCCUGCAUGAACCUUAUAGCGAGACGGAUGAGGAUGACUGGUGCUAGCGACCACAGAGAGCAGCGGAUAAGGCAGGAGAGGAGAAGAACAGCAGCCUCCAGUGCUCUGGCCUUGGAUAUGUAGACUUUUAACAAAGGAGUGGUGGUGGAAAUGUUGGGAGGGACUGGAUACCCUCAAAACCCUCUACCUUCACCCCUCAGACUCUAAAUAAGCAGAAGUGGUGGAGGGGAGAGGGAGGUUGAAGGUGCUGCAAAUAGCCUUUUACACCAAUGUGUAAGACUCAAAUCGGUGACAGGGCAGCGCAUUGUUGAAAUGAAAAAGAGACCGCCGAAGAUAGCUUGGGCAAGGCAUGGGCACAGUUUACCUCUGCCUCUCUCAGUCUCAGAACUAUACUUCCCAUGGUCGGCCUUGACGACAAAGGCCGAGCUGCAGGAGGAGUGGAGAUGUGUGGGAACAGAGAGCAAGGGAGAAGCAUAAGGUUAUAAAAUUGAGAUGUGAUCAUUGCGCUUUACGAGGCCUACAAGCACUUCUCCCAGACUGAUGCCUGAUUGCUUAGAUUUGCUGUCUGUCGCUGGCCAUACUAGUACUGUCAAAGCCUGAAAAUGAGCUGGAACACAGAGUCCACUGCUGGGACUCUGCUCCUAGACAGAUGUGUUUAAAGAAAAAUAAAUUAAUAAAAAGCCAGGACCCCCCUAACCCUUACAUACCAAGCUAUGCCUCCAGAAAAUCAAACUUGAACAAUGAAGAACACAAUGAAACUUUACAUGACAAACAAUGAAAAGAAAUAAAAAAGGGAGAACAACCACUUUAUCUUUAACCUUUUUCCUUUCCAAGGGACAGAACCAGGAAGCUCCGCCUAUACUGCAAAAACCAGCCAAUCACAGCGCUGGCUGAUAUUUGAUGAGUUUUAUCAUCUCUGUUUACUGUUAAAGACUCACUCAAUGCUGACGGAACUGCUGUGGCAUCACUUCCUGUCCAGCCGGCGGCGGUGGUAGUGGAGGGGGGCGAGGCACAGUGUGGGCUCACUUAGUGUUCAGGUGUUCUGGAGGGGUGGGCUCAGGUAACUAGAGAAGGGAACCGGACACUUUGUCAAGCCCCUACCUCCUCUGUAAGCCGACCCGGCGCACGGUGAAGGAUCACCGGGCAGGAAUUGACGUCACACAGUCGGAAGGGCGGAGGAGAGGAAGGAGGGAUGGGAAAAAAAGACUAAUUUCUUCAGUAUUUCUUCUAUCGAUUACUUCUCCUUCUUGUUCUUCUUCGGACAUUGGAGCUUGGUUCUUCUGUUGCAUUCGCUCAGCCUCCUUUGAUCUUUUUCGGAGUCCAAAAUUUGAUGGAAACCUGCAUGAUUGAUUAAAUACAUACUAGAGAGGAAAUCUAACUGGUGUGGGUGGGACCUGGGGGCUUUAUAGGAAACUUUGCAUUUAGGUUUAAAAAAGAAGUUCUCUUCUUUCAAACUCUCUCUCUCGUACAUCUCAGAAAAAUUUUUCUGGUUCCCUUUCACCCGAAACAGGCUUUGGCAGUCGACUGUUCUGUUUGUCUCAGUUUUCUGGCCAAACCUCGGUUUCUACAACGAAAAAGAAACACUGCAGGAUCACGUUAAAGGUGCCUGUUGUGCUUGAGAAAGAAGAGGGAGAAAGAGUGGAGAGAAGCGAACCUCUACCACACUUCAUUUAUUAUUGUUAAUGAUGACAGUCUUAUGAAUAAUGAUAUCAAUGUCAAUGCAAAAUGAUGAUGAUGAUGAUCAUGAUACUGGUGAUGAUUGAUUGAUAGAACUGUUGCUGUAGAUUUGUUGUCAUGUUAUUUGGAGUUCAAGUAUGCUGUGUCCAUCUUGUUUACAUCCGUUUUGUUCUUAUCCCCCGUUCAAACGACGUUUACUGGGUUCCUGAUGCCUUCACGCAACGUUUCGGGGCCGUGACCGCUUGGGAACAUUCACUUAGCAGCAUUGCGUGUUGUAACGCAACUCUUAAGAUACAUUCUCUCUCCAGAAUGGUGGAGGUCAGGGGAGUCUCAGUAUCUGACCCGCAGCGAUUCAUGGGGUCAGUACUCUCAGUGCUCUGUCAAGCCAACCCAAAGAUCAAUGAUUCAUGUUCAGAGCCAGGGGUAGAAUGGGUUAUUGAGAGUGGGAAAGACUCUAUCUGCAUUUCACACUUAAGAGGUUUCAGAAAAGUCCGUUUUACAGAGGUUCAAGUUCUACCAAGGUUGAACUCUCCCACUUGCAGCCAAAAAAAAAACAAACAAUGAAUCUCAAUCUUUGCCCUCUGUUCAGCUCUGUGGAUUCAUAGUGAGAUCAGUUGACGGAAAUAACAGCACAGUAUUGGUGGUACAGUGUUGGUGUCAGUCAGUAUUACGUGGUGUUGUUCUCUUUUUUACCACCAGGGGUCAGCUAUCAGCACACAUUACUCACCCUUCCUUCCCCCUCUGCAGGACAGCCUCUGGGCCAUAUCCUAGUUUCUAGACCUGGAGUGAAACCUCCACUGAUCUCUAAUAUCCUCGCGAGAUGUUCAGAUGAAGUCUGAGUCCUAGUCAGGAAACGCGGCUGUAGCCUGGGAGACGCCAUAACUGUCCGUCAGUCUGUCGUUACGUCUGCCUGUCUGUGCCAACGAUGACCCCUCCUACCCCCCCACUGCCUCACCCCGCCUCACCCCAACCUUCUCUCAGGUCUGGAUAACCAGAGAACAGUCACCAAAUCACCCAGAUCUGAAACCUUCUCUGCCAAAACCCACAUCAGUGUCCACCAACCUCUCUCUCUCUGUCUCUCCUGAUCUAUAUUUAUUCCAUGUUCUGUUCUUUCAGCUUGCCAGAAGGUUGCACCGAAAUGCUGGGCUGGACAGAAACACUUAGGAUUAAUAACUUCAUCCUUAUGGGACAGCAAUUAUUGAAUUUUCAAUAACUCUAGGACAAAACGAUAAAGUAUAGAUAAAUAUAGUUGAUAACCUACUGAUAAAUGUAGAUAUAAUGCCCGUAGAUGUAGUUAUAGAUAACAGAGUAUAAUUAGAGUUUCAGAUAUUUAUUUAUUUUGCAUACCGUUCACACUCAUGACACGGUCAAGAAUCGAGCUACUCUCGAAAACCUCGUGCUGUUUUCUUCGCAGUUGCAAAAGCCAGAAGACAAACCCCAGUCCACAUGUUUUGACUCUAUGCAGACCUCAUGAGCAUCCUCAUUGUUUAAUUUCAGAGGAGAAACUGCAUCGCUGUGGAGCUGUAGAGUAGACUAAGGGAAAGAGGACCACACAGAGCUGAGAACAUGUUAAAAUCACCAACGCUUUUCAUACGUCGCUUGACAUCACACAAACCCUCGCUCUCAUGUAUCUCUGUCGCUGUCGUUUUGCCUCCCUCCUCCGGCUGAUCCCUUUUCCCUCCACAGAUUUCUGCUCCCUCCAGAAAUGUGUUGAAAUUAGUUGAGCAUAGCAUGGAGAAGAUGGGGAUGGGAGGUUGAUAGUUUAUUUGUUUGGUGGGAAUGAAGGGGCACAAACCCGAAACCCCUCUGUCCACACCUUCCGUCUAGAGAGGUUACGACAGCGGGGGAUUCUUCGUCCCCACCGCCCCUACAGAGCCACAGUGCCUUCUGUAUCCAAGUCACAUUGUCACCCCAGAGUCUCCUUACCCAUAGUCACUCCCCCAUCCCCACCCUAACCCUCUGUAGUAGAUGAGAUCAACCACACUGCGCCUUAAAGCCGAGUCCCAGCGGCUCCCAUGCUAGCAUAGAAACAGGGAGAGCGGGGCUUCUGAGACUGGGCCAUGGUGAGGAAACAGUCAGGCGGCUUCAGGCAGGGAAAUCAACAUCACAUCCGGAAUGGGCUGAACCGUUCAGAACUCACAUCCAGACAUGCACGCGUUUUUGUAAAAGUUGCCAAAAAUCAUAAGAGAUUCAGAGAGUUUGAAUCUGAGCCUUGUGGUUCUGACUUUUAACGACUAAAACGACCGUCGUCAUCCGGAUCCUGCUAGCUGGCCGGCCCUCUCGGCUUUGGCAUGGUGCCAUUUCGUGCCAUCCCAGAGAUGUCCUGGUCCAGUUUCAGGCGGUGUAGUGAGAGGUUUACAGAGGUGCAAAGCAGUUUGCUUACUUCUCAGGUCCCUCUAGAGUUAGGUAGCUAGAUAGUUAGGCAACGUAGGGAGGAGUCAAACAAGCAGGCCUCGCUUUGAGUUAUUGUAUGGUUUUAAGCUGGCAAUGGCGUCAGACGUUGUAACGUUGACUCCACCCUUCUGAUUGUCACUAACCCACAUUACACCCUCUGACCCCUCACCUCCCCAUCAGCAGCCUGCCGACGCACCGACACCCAGCGCAAAGCGUGCUGACAGACAGGCGGGACAACCCACCUCCAUUUGGCUCCAUGACACCACUCGCUUGUCCAGAAUUGUAACAGCGGAUCCAAAAUGGCCAACACACAACACUGCCCUUGUGUGAACGCAUGUUGUGUGAGUGUGUGUGUGCGCUUUCCAAGAACAACUCCCAUUCCUUUGGGGUGGGGGUGGGGGGGACCAGUGAGCGUCUGAUCUUGCUUUGGUUGCUGUUUCACAGAUUUCUUUGGGGUUGGGGAGGGAUUGCAAGGUUUUUUGCUCAGUCACCACUUCUCUCCACAUCUGCUUUCCGUCUUCACCUCCGGCUUCUGUCACCCUCCUGUUGUAACGUCUGACUAAUCAUUCUGUUGAGUUUCUUCUUCCUUUGGGGACGAAGGAAAAGCUAACAACCCAUCCACUCAGUCGGCUGUGAAAUUGUGUCAGUGGGUCAGUCGUGAAGCAACGUGUCAACAAAAACAUGAAUAAGGGCUCUCUUUAAAAAAAAAAAAAAAACUACACAGUGGGUUUUAAUGUACAGUAGUGCUGCCAAAAGUCGUGCUUAUGUAGCUGAAGCCACGCGGUGGUCUCCCCUUUGUACAGCACUAGAUGUGUGCAUGCGUGUGUGUGUGUAGGGGGUUCAAGAGUGAGGCGGUGGGGUGGGGGGGUCCAAAAGCGAUGAGAGAGGUCUUAGUGAUGCUGGGGGUGGAGGGAUGGGGAGGGGGGGCAGCAGCAGAGGUCGUAGUGAUGUUAAAACACAAUUUCACAAUGGCACUGGACCACCGUUCACACUCAUGAUCCAUUAAAGGAGGGCAGGCCGUGACAGGGAGACAUUUACUCUGUGUGUGUGUGUGUGUGUGUGUGUGUGUGUGUGUGUGUGUGUGUGUGUGUGUGUGUGUGUGUGUGUGUUUUGAGUGGUGUGUUUCAGACUGAAACUGAUUUGUAUAGUUCACUAGAAAAAAAUGUCCCUCUCAAAACAAGAAAAAAACUUCAAGGAACUUUUACUUUGAAAUAAGUGAAAAAAUCUGCCAGUAGAACAAGUGAAAAACGUCUUUGUAAGAUUUCUUGAAAUGAGAUAUGAUAUUUAUAAUAUUGAGAUCUUAAAAUUAUCUAUGAAAACUUAUUAAGCUCUAUUUACCAGGAUUGUCAAGCGAAGGUGUCUUAACCCUCCUGUUGUCCUCAUUUACGGCACCAAAAAAUAUUGCUGCCUCGUGUGAAAAAAAAUCCCAAAAUUCAGCAGAAAAUUCCCCAGAUUUAUGAAAAUUUAAAAAAUAUUCAGGAAGAAAAUUCCUUAAAACUUUUAUUGAAAAAAAAUAAAAACAAAUUUGACAAAAAUACAAAAUGUAAAAAAUAAAAAUUGUAAAUAUUUUCAAAAAACAAAUAAAAAUCUUCCAAAAAUACUAAAACUCACUAAAUCACUAAAACUUGUAAUAUUUUCUUGAAGAGCAUUCAGAAGAAAACUAUCCAAAAUCCAGCGAAUUUCACUGGAUUUUGGAUAAUUUUUGUCUGAAUGUCCUUCGAGAAACUUUUUUUUAACGUUUAUUUUUCCAUCAAAAAAUGUUCAAAAAUUUACCCCUAAAUUCUGAAAAUAUGGAAGUUUUCACUGUGAAAAUAUAUAUUUUUUUUCCCACAUUUUCAAACUUAAAAACAGGUCAAUUUGACCCGCAGGACAACAGGAGGGUUAAAACAAGAUGACUUCAAGAUGGUUUGACUAAACAAGAUAGUUAAGAUGAAUUCUCUUAAAACAAGUCCCUCUAUCUGCUGAAAUGUCUCUUGCUAAGUGAAUAUCUCUUAAAUCAAGUGGGAUGAGACAUUUUGACUAGAAAUAAGACAAACAGACUUGGUAGGAUUUUGAGUUUUUGCGGUGUUGUUCUGUCAACCAUGCAAUUUCAGCAAACUUUUAUUCAACGUUUUGGGACUUUUGGAGCAAAACUCCUUUUGAAACUUGAAGUAAUUUCAAUAACUAGACAUAUAAAAGGAAGAGAGGAUUUUAUUUUGUUUUUAUUGGACUUUAAAAUGCAUAAAACACGAGUAAAACUAUAAAAAAAAAAAAAGGUAAUAGAAGACAGAUUCCAAGCCCUGAAGCAUUCCUGUUACUCUGAAACUGCAUGGUGAUUCUCAUUAAUCUCAUAAAUAAUUAACGGUAGGAAUCCAAAUUUGUGAAAGUCGAAGAAUGUAAUUAUUUAAUUCACAAUUACAUCAAAAAGAAAGUAAUAAGUAGUCGGAUAUGAGUCCGAUAUGAGGUGGAUAUGGCAUCGUUUUAUUUUGCUGUGGUUGAUUAAUCAGCUAAUUGACAAGUCAGCACUAAUUGUGUGUGUGUGUGUGUGUGUGUGUGUGUGUGUGUGUGUGUGUGUGUGUGUGUGUGUGUGUGUGUGUGUGUGUGUGUGUGUGUGUGUGUGUGCGUCCUGACACCAUCAGCUACAGUAGGUAACCCUCAGUGCCUUACACUGUACAGGACACCAUGGUUUCUCCAUCACACAUCACAUUUUAACGUCCUCCUCGCUCUCUUCACCUCCCUCCACUCCUCACUUACUUCCAGCCUGGAUGUGUGUGUGUGUGUUUGUGUGUGUGUGUGUUUGUGUGUGCGUCAGGGGGGAGGUGGGGUGUGGGGGUCUGAAGAUAAUCAUGUCGUUUGUCUCACCCAUCCUCGCCCUCCCUCCCACGCCAUCCGAUGUGUACUUUGGCUCUGUAAUUCUUGUGUAAAUAAUCCAUAAAGGUUGUGAAAAACUCACGGUGUUCAUCAGACGUUCAUUCAUUCGCUCACUGUGAAAGGUGUGUGUGUAGACUGAGUUUGUGUGUGUGUGUUUAUGGAGCUGCAGGUAUUCGGAGUGAAAGAUGAUUUCUGCACAUCGUUCUUUAACGUGAUCAACAAUUUGUGCUAAACCCCUAAAUUUGUCUUGUAGGAAGAGAGCUUCCAUCUGUGGCCACAUGGGGGCAGAAGAGCUGUUUUUAAAAAUCCAACAAAGCCAGAGCCCUCAUGUUGGCUGGGCUUUCAUUGAGUUAAUGUUUAUUCUUGUCAGUCAUUUUAUCUCUGAGGCUACGCCGGCUAAAUGCCAUGGUUUAUUUAUGCUCACAUGAUGGAGUAAAUUCUGCAUCUGUAAUGCGAAAGAACCGCUUGUUUUGUGCACAAAUGAUCAGAAUUGGUACCUCUGAUGCCUGUCUGGCUCCACCACUGGUUUUCAGUAAACUGGCUCCUCACAGACAAAGUGUCUCCUGCUGUCACCCCUCUCUCUCUCGCUCUCUGUUUCCAUUCAUCUCUCCUCUGUCCUCUCCAUCUGUUUCCAUCACUUCAGUCCAGUGGAGACGAGUUGCUUCCAGGAGAUUUGUCCUCAGACGCUGCAGGCCGGUCUGUCCCGGGAUCAGCAGGAUCUUUAUGCCUCUUUAACCCUUUGUAGCUCACAUUCUGCUGCUUUUAAUCGAUUUUCAACACUUAAACGUCAUACCAGAGGGAGCAUCUAAAGUUUGUUGUUUGUCCGGUUAGUUCUCAGGUGAAAAUGAAGCACCAAAGUGUGUAAACUAGUCCUGAAGGUAGCACCCAUAUGACACCAACGUGGCUUUUCUCAUUAGACGUCACAGUGUCUGACUUUAUUGGAUGACAAUGAGGUGAAACAGUGGUACCAAAAAGAAGAAUAUCGGGUUUCAGAUUAAACUUCUUCAAACAUAUAACCAAACUAAAGCCCAAACUAAAAGUAUCUAACGCUGAGCCGGCCAUCAUCUACUGCUACACUGGAAAAAAUGCCCCUCUCAAAACGAGAUAAAAUCUGCCAAUCUGUGAAAAAAUCUGUCAGUAGAACAAGUGGAAAAAUGGCUUGGUCAGAUUUCUUGAAAUAAGAUGUGAUAUUUAGAAUACUGAGAUCUUAAAAUUAGCUGGAAAACUUAUUUUAAGCUGCAUUUUAUCAGGAUUGUCCUCAUUUAUGGCACCAAAAAUAUUGUUUCCUUGUCUGAAAAAAAUCCAAAAAUUCUGCAAAAAAAAUCCCCAAAUAUUAAAAAAACGUCUUUCCCUUAAACGUUUCCCUUAAAAGUUUUAUUUUUAAAAAAUACCCAAAUUUGGCAAGAAAUAUAAAUUUAAAAAAUAAAGAAAAUGAAAAUUGAUGUAUUAACCCUCCUGCUGUCUUCAUUUACGGUCACCAAAAAAUAUUGUUUCCUUGUCUGAAAAAAAUUCACAAAAAUCAGCAAAAAAUUCCCCAAAAAAAGUUUUAUUCAAAAAAAAAUCACCCAAAUUUGGCAAGAAAAUUCUUGUAAAUAUUUUCAAAAAAUGAGUAAAAAUCUUCCAAAACAUCCUAAAAAUAUCUAAAGGGAUUCCAUGAAUAUCAAGAAAAGUUCUAAUAAAGUUCUAAUAUUAAUAUUAAAUCCAGCAAAAUUUGCUGGAUUUUGUUUGAUUUUUUUUCCCAAAUGUUCUUAAAGAAAUGUUGUUUUUUUUAAAUUUUCUAAAAUUUCCCAAAAUCUUGCAAAAAAUGUUGAAAGUGUGGAAGUUUUCAAUGCUAAUUUAUUUAUUUUUUCUAUAUUUUCACACUUUAAAGGGGUCAAUUUGACCCGCAGGACGACACGAGAAAAUUUCAAGAUUGUUUGACUUAACAAGAUAUUUAAGAUGCGUUGUCUUAAAACAAGUCCCUCCAUCUGCUGAAAUGUCUCUUGUUAAGUGAUUUUAUCUUAAAUCAAGUGGGAUGAGACAAAAAAUAAGACCGAUAGCCGUGGUAAGAUUUUGAGUUUUGCAGCGUGUGAAUCUCCUACAAAGGGUUAAAUGUUGCUUCAAAGGAUCCGAGCUGAGCAGGAGCGUCACCGAGGAGAGUCUCUGAAGCAACGUCCAACCGUCCAUCUCAUCGGCAUCCGACCCAGUAGAAACCCAACCAGUGCCACAGUAGAAAACCAUACAGGAUUCACUCAGCAAGUUGGGGGAAAAAAGAGAAAAAAAUAAAAAAUAAAUGGCAAUUUAAGAUAAAAGAGAAGUAUUUAAUUACAGAUUUGCAUGUGCAAUGUGCAUGCCACUAUGUGGGGUAACAAGUCAACUUCAGGAAUUAAAAAAAGAUAUUAAAUAUAAAGAAAAAAGUAUAUAUAUAUGUAAAAAUAUAUAUAGAUAGAUGUUUUUAAGAGCAAUGUGUUUCUUUUUCUUCUAUUUUUAAAAACAAAAAAUGUAAAAAAACUCGACCAAAAAAAAAGACAAAAACGGAAAAAAAAAAAUUCAUCCUGAUAAAAAAUGGAAAUGACUUUGGUGAUGAAAUCAAAGAAUGUUUGUUUGUUAUAUUUGCCAGUUAUUUCACGGGAGAAAAUACCGUGGGGCAAUGAGGAUAGAUAACACUUUAACUAACAUUGCAGAGAAAAAAAAACAAAGAAAAAAUGAUUUUAAAAAGGGGGAGAAGGAAUACGAAACUUUCCCUCGAUGAAAACAAUCCCUUUGAGAGUAAAGAGCUGCCUGAACCUGAAUCUGGUGAUGUUAUUCCUGUUUAUUCCGGCUAUGAAAUCCCUUCUUUCUCUCUCUCCCUCUCUACUUCUCUCUUUCUCUCACCAUCUCCGUUUCUUUCUCUAUCUCUGCUGUUUCUACCAGUGCAUUUUGUAAUUUCAAACAGAACUCUUCCUAAAGAACCUGAAUAAACCAGAGAGAAUGCAUUCUA